AUGGCGAAAAAGGAUGCCAAGAAUGAGAAGGUGCCGGCCAAGAACAAGGUGUCGGCCAGCAAACUGGUCGAGGAUCGCACCUUUGGUAUGAAGAACAAGAAGGGUGCCCAAGCGCAGAAGCAGAUUCAACAGAUGCAGAAGAAUCUGAGUGCUAGUGGCAGCGCUGAAGAGAAGAAGAAGGCUGCCGAAAAGGCACAGAGGGAAAGGGAGAAGAAGGCCGCAGAGGAUGCGAAGAGGGAGGCCGACGCUCUUCUCAACCGCCCUCAACAGAUCCAGAAGGUUCCCUUCGGCGUCGAUCCCAAAACUGUGGUCUGCAUAUUCUUCAAGAAGGGCAACUGUGAGAAGGGCAAGAAGUGCAAAUUUGCACACGACCUCUCGCUGGAUCGAAAGACGGAGAAGAAGAACCUGUACACAGACACUCGAGAAGAGGACGAGAAGGAGAAGAAGAAGCAGGAGACAUCAGCCGACUGGGACGAGGAACAGUUACGCAAGGUCGUCUUGUCUAAGAAGGGCAACCAGAAGACGACAACCGAAAAGGUGUGCAAGUUCUUCAUCCAGGCUAUUGAGGAUGGCAAGUAUGGCUGGUUCUGGGUUUGCCCCAACGGCGCCGAUAAGUGCAUGUACAGGCACGCUCUACCACCUGGUUUCAUCCUCAAGACCAAGGAACAGCGAGCAGCUGAGAAGGCCUUGCUGGACAAGUCGCCACUAAAAACACUCACUCUGGAGGACUUCCUGGAGUCCGAGAGGCACAAGCUCACUGGGACACUCACACCCGUCACACCAGAGACCUUCGCCAAAUGGAAGCAGGAACGCAUGGGUAAGAAGCAGGCUGAGGAGCAGGCACGGAAGGCCAAGGAGACGACUGGUCGUGAUCUAUUCGAAAGCGGCAAGUGGAAGCAUGACGAAGAUGAAGACGACGACGACGACGACGGCGACGACGAAUGGAAUCUCGAAAAAAUGCGCAAGGAGACAGAGGCCAUUCAGCUCAGGAAGGAGGAGGAACGACUGGGGUACGCUAUUGAGGGUGUAAACCCGGUGACUGAGGAGGCGACCGAGACCACCACUGGCGAAGCAGAGGCGGCGACAUGA